AUGAAGAUAUUGAUCAGAUCUUCUCAGUCAAAGCCAGCCUCAUUGCCAGAUACCUUCAACAAUCCAGAAGACUUGUUGGAAAUUCUAGCCGACACAUCAUCUCGACCAGACAAUGCUGCGGAGUUGAUCAGGAAGACAUGGGAUGCUCCUCGAUUGGAAGUCCGACCCUACAAGUUGGAUGAAGCGGCCAACUGGAAGGCAUGGGUGGCCAUGCUGGGGAUCAGAGUGAAAGGACUUCGUUUUGUGGGGCAAGUCCGUAUUUCAAUGAGAAAAGACAUCGAUGCUGCAUCGUACGGACGUGUUGAAGUCAGUGAGAUCAGAGGAGCCACGCCCCAACCUGAAGACAUUUUGUUGAUAGCAAAGAAGUAUAUGGCUGACCCAGAGCCAUAUAAGAUUGUCACAUUGCUGACUGUGGACCAAGCUGCGGAGAUUCGGCGCAGUUUCGCCCAGCCAGAGGGAGUGGCUCCAAGACGGGUGAUACAAGAGAAGGUUCGCAAGAAGGUGGAGAAUUUAGUGCCAGCGUGUGUUGAACAAGGCCUUUUGCCCUUGGAUGGCGCUGCUUAUUUGACCAAUUGG